GCAUUGAAAGAUAUUGAAAAUAACCCAAAUUAUACGGAGGAAGUUCAUCAAAUUGUUAAGGAGCUCAUAAAAAAGAAAAAGGCAAAUAAGGUCCUAAGCGAUAUAACGAACUCGUCAGAAAAGCGAAAAAUAGCGACCAUGGAAAUGGAUAAUUCUUCCACCGCAAAAAAGAGGAAAACUAAAGUGCGUUCAGAACUCAUUACUUUAGAAGAUGCGUUGUCUUAUAUUCCACCUCGCAUUACCUAUUCUCCUCAUGGAACUUUCUCAAAAAAUACUACGAAAGUAGGUGAUAAAUUACCGAAAAAGGUAUUAUUAUGGAAAGGUUUCUUCGAUAUGGCGAAAGCGCAUUAUUUUGAUAAUAAAAAACCAAGGUUCGAAGUACCACAAUUCAUUGGAAAAUUUAAGGUAACAAAUGAGGAAAUCGUUCGUCAAGCCAUAAAUGUGAAUAUUCUUAUGGUAUUGAACGAACUUGUUCCAAAUUAUGAGUACUCAAUACGAAAAGUUGUUG